AUAGCAACUCAGUUUUCUGUAUUUUAUCUUUUAAUUGUCGCCUAACAGUGUUUGUUACCAAGGUUAACCGAGAUCUUUUUUGAAGCAACUUUCGAGAAGUCUGUUGAACUUCUUGUCACUUGAAUUGAAUGUUCUGUUUCUUUAUCGUUUCCUAGGUUGAAAAUGGACCACCUCAGUUUCGUCUUCUCGUUGUUGUUAAUCGUUUCGCUUACUACUACUACCACUACCUAUGGAUCUGCGAUCAAGGCAAAGAAUCCAAAUGGAGAGGUAAAAAGAAUUGACUCAUUCGAAGGCAUCAGCAUGAAAAAUGUCAAAGCAGAUGAAAAGCUUCAACAAAUCAAAGCGUUAGCCAGAAUAUGGCAAUCCAUGCUGGAACUGGAACUAGAAGAACUGCGAUCAGAUCCGGAUUCAAGCUCGUACCCUGAAAUGGCUCCCAAUGACGAGGAAAUUGAGACAUUGCUAUCAGACGCUGGUUUGGAUCACUAUCCUGAAAUGGUUCCCAAUCGUCAGGAACUUGAGGCCAUUUUGGAACAAUCUAAUCAAUCAAACUCAGACAUGGAAAGUGACGCGGAAGCUAAAUUGCAGGGGCAGAAGGGUUUGAGAGACCAAGAGAGCGAAAUGUCGAAGCGAGUUGAUCCAGGAACUGUUAUUGCUGGUGCUACUCUAGCAUAUGGAGUGCUGAAAGACGUGCUAGGGGCCCUCGUUGAUCCAGGAACUGUUAUUGCUGGUGCUACUCUAGCAUAUGGAGUGCUGAAAGACGUGCUAGGGGCCCUCGGUAACGUGGACCGCAAAAUCAGUAUUGGCAUUGACAACGAAAGCGGAUUUUUAUGGAGGCGACCCAGAGUCUACUUCUACUCUGGCAGUGCGGAUAAAAACUUGCCUUAUUAUGUUACACAUGGGAAAGCGGUAGUAUGGGGAGCUCGCAAGACUGGUGGAUUCAAGGGAUCCGUUGGAGUCCUGACCUACUACGUUCCAAACAUCCACAGAACGCUUGCUGUGAUGUGGUCUGUUCCUUAUGAUUAUUUCUGGUACGAAAAUUGGUGGAACGUGGAGCUUUACAGAGGAGAUGUAAAGGCCAGCCAUAGUAUGUGGAGCGAUCUGUACUAUGACGCAAACCCCUUCAAGGCAAAUGGUUGGCAUGAAAGAGACCUCGGUACUAGUUGUAAAUUUCGCGGCUCUAUGACCAGCCAUGGUCAAGCUACUUUGGAGAUUCAUGUUUCUACAAAAUGAGCGGCUGGUAUCAUAUGUAAACUAAGCAUGCUCGCCCGCCCAUAACUGGUUUUUGGAACUUGUUACAGGCUUUAUUGUUCAGUAAGUUUAGUGAGAAAUUGAUGCUUAGCACGAUAAUCAUUUACUAAAUGAAUAAUUUAAUUUCUAGUCCAGAA